CAGCGAGGCGGAGGGGAGCGCGCAAUGGAGCCUGGCACGGGCCCAGCCCUUCCGCAGGUACCUGCAGUACAGUAGGCAAAUGUUUAUCCUUGCCCUGCCAAGCCACCGGGUGAGUCCGAGUCCCGGCCCCGUGCCCAGGCUCUGCUGGGUCACUCCCUGAGCGGGGGGAGCUCGGGGACCGGCUGCCUCAGGGUGCUGCACCCGCAAAGCCAUCCGUGCCCCGACCACAGCCCCACAGGUUGUGACAAGGACCGGGACGUCUCUGAACCCGCUGCUGCCUGGGCAGGGGGUGCCAGGGCCAGGCAGGUGCUUGGGAGGGACCCUGGGAGUCCUGGCCCACAGUCCGUGCCCACGCCCGCGCUGCCCAUCCCCAAUGGUGCAAUCCCGAGCUGCUGGUUUCACCUCCCGCUCUAGUUGCACUGGGUUUUAGUGCUCCUGCAAGGCCAAGAGGCGGGUGGGUGGAAAGCUCAUCCUGGGGGCCGUCACCACCCUGAGCCUCACGCUCGUUUAAUACUUCACCCAUUAACUUGGACUAAUAAACCUCAAGUGAGCGAGAGGCUAAAAGCCGUGCCAGCCAGGCAGCACCUCCUGCGUGAGCACCGCCGCCGCAGCACCACCAUGGCAGCCGGUUUCUUCAUCAGCAAGAGCGUGGGCAUCGUGGCCAUUGUGCUGGGCCUGGGGGCUGUGGCCACCAUCAUCGCGCUCUCGGUGGUGUAUGCCCAGGAGAAGAACAAGGGGCAUAUCUCAGAUCCUGGCAAUGCUGAGACCACCACCGCCGUCGCUGAGACCACCACCACCGCCGUCGCUGAGACCACCACCACCGCCAUCCCCAAGACCACCACCACCGCCGUCCCCGCCACCACGGCUGCCUCCAGCACCACCGCCGUCCCCGACAACCCCUGGAACCGGUGGAGGCUGCCGAAGACGCUGAUGCCAGAAUCCUACGAGGUGACCCUGCAGCCCUUCCUGACGCCCGACACCAACAACAUGUACAUCUUCAAGGGCAACAGCAGCGUGGUCUUUGUCUGCAAGGAAGCCACCAACCUCAUCCUCAUCCACAGCAACAAGCUGAACUACACCAUGCAGGGGUCCUUCCUCGUCUCGUUGGAGGCAGUGGAUGGCUCCAGUGCCCCUCUCAUCUCCAAAACCUGGCUGGAGAGCUCCACCCAGUACCUGGUGGUGCAGCUGGAGGGCCAGCUGCAGAAGGACCAGCGCUACCGACUCUUCAGCAUCUUCACGGGGGAGCUGGCUGAUGACCUGGCCGGCUUCUACCGCAGCGAAUACGUGGAUGAGUUGGGCAACAUGAAGGUGGUGGCCACCACUCAGAUGCAGGCAGCAGACGCGCGGAAAGCCUUCCCCUGCUUUGAUGAGCCGGCCAUGAAAGCCACCUUCACGGUGACGCUGAUCCAUCCCUCCGACCACAAAGCCAUUUCCAACAUGCCUGUCAACAGCACCCAGCAGAUGAAUGACGACAAUAAUUGGAACAUCACCACGUUCCAGACCACCCCCAAAAUGUCCACCUACCUGCUGGCCUUCAUCGUCAGCGAGUUCGACUACGUGGAGAAUACCUCGGAGAACGUGCUGAUCCGCAUCUGGGGCCGCCCCAAGGCCAUCGCUGAGGGCCAGGGCGCCUAUGCCCUCCAGGUGACUGGCCCCAUCCUCAAGUUCUUUGAGGAAAGCUACAACAUGUCGUACCCGCUGCCCAAGUCCGACCAGGUCGGCCUCCCCGACUUCAACGCGGGCGCGAUGGAGAACUGGGGGCUGGUGACCUACCGGGAGAACUCGCUGCUCUUUGACAGCAACUACUCCUCCAUCAGCAACAAGGAGCGGGUGGUGACCGUCAUCGCCCAUGAGCUGGCCCACCAGUGGUUCGGGAACCUGGUGACGCUGCAGUGGUGGAACGACCUGUGGCUGAACGAGGGCUUCGCCUCCUACGUGGAGUACCUGGGCGCCGACUCGGCAGAGCCCUCCUGGAACAUCAAAGACCUGAUGGUGCUGAACGAGGUGUACGCGGUGAUGGCGACGGACGCCCUGGCCACCUCCCACCCGCUGACCUUCAGCGAGGAAGAGAUCAACACCCCGGCCCAGAUCAGCGAGGUCUUCGACAGCAUCGCCUACAGCAAGGGCGCGUCGGUGCUGCGGAUGCUCUCCGACUUCCUCACCGAGGACGUGUUCCGGGAGGGGCUGCAGACCUACAUCAGCACCUUUGCCUACAGCAACACCAAGUACACGGACCUCUGGCAGCAUUUGCAACAGGCUGUCGAGAAGAACAACGUCGUGCUGCCCAGCUCCAUCGGCGGCAUCAUGGACACCUGGACGCUGCAGAUGGGCUUCCCCGUGGUGACCGUCAACACCCUCGAUGGCACCAUCAGCCAGAAGCACUUCCUGCUGGACCCCAACUCCAAGGUGGACAGGCCCUCCCCCUUCAACUACAGCUGGAUCGUCCCCGUCACCUGGAUGACGAAUGAGGCCAUGGGGGACAGGUACUGGCUGACCAAAGUCUCAGACACCAACGACACAUUCAAGGUGGGCAGCGCCAGGUGGCUCCUGCUGAACCUGAACGUCAGCGGGUACUUCCGCGUCAACUACAACCAGGAGAACUGGGACCAGCUCCUCGCCCAGCUCUCCAGCAACCACCAGGUCAUCCCCGUGAUCAACCGUGCCCAGAUCAUCGAUGAUGCCUUUAACCUGGCCAGGGCCAAGUACGUCAACGUGACCUUGGCCUUGAGCACCACGCGGUUCCUGAGCCAGGAGACGGAGUACAUGCCCUGGGAGGCAGCGCUCAACAACCUCCAUUACUUCCAGCUGAUGUUUGACCGCAGUGAGGUCUUCGGGGUGAUGACGAAAUACAUACGGAAACAGGUGACGCCCCUCUUCGACCACUACAAGAACAUCACCGGCAACUGGAACGACAUCCCUGAGGACCUGAUGGACCAGUACAACGAGAUCAACGCCAUCAGCACAGCCUGCUCCUACGGCAUCGCUGAGUGCCAGGACCUGGCCACCAACUACUACAGGCAGUGGCAGCAAAACAUCAGCCAUAACCCGAUCCCCCCGAACCUGCGCUCCUCCAUCUACUGCAGCAUAGUGGCCACGGGCGGGGAGGAGGCCUGGACCUUUAUCUGGGACAAGUUCCAAGAGGCCACCGUUGUGUCCGAGGCUGACAAGCUCCGCACGGCCCUCUCCUGCAGCCGCGAACCCUGGAUCCUCAACCGGUACCUGCAGUACACCCUCGACCCCAAGAAGAUCCGGAAGCAGGAUGCCACCGCCACCAUCAACAGCAUCGCCAGCAACGUGGUGGGGCAGCCCUUGGCCUGGGACUUCAUCCGCGGCAACUGGAAGACGCUCUUCAGCCAGUAUGGGGGCGGCUCCUUCUCCUUCUCCCGGCUGAUUUUGUCAGUGACCCAGCGGUUUUCCACGGAGUUUGAGCUGCAGCAGCUGCAGCAAUUCAAGGAGGACAACCAGGACGUCGGCUUCGGGUCGGGGACGCGGGCGCUGGAGCAGGCGCUGGAGAGGACCCGCGCCAACAUCAACUGGGUGAACGAGAACCAGCAGACGGUGCUGUCCUGGUUCCAGGGUGAGAUCAUGGCUCCCCGCCGCUAACGCACGGAUGCCACGCAACGCACUCUCCGCCCGACCCAGCUGGCACAGGAUGGGCUGGCGGGGGCUGAACUGAAGCUCAUGGACCCCACUGCCCCACAGCCGUGGGGCUGGACCCUCACCCACUCCCCAGCUCUGCUCACUCCAGCCACCAGCCCCAAACGCUCCCUCCUGGUGGCCCCGGCCCAGCCUGGCCGGGUCCUGGGCUGCUCGGGAGGGGCUGCGGCCAAUGCCCACGGCGGGGCCUGGCGCCUGUAUGAUGGGCGAUAGGGUGGGGAUG